AUGGAUCGACUGGAUGAAUGGAGCUUCAAGUCCCAGAAAAUGGACCUGGAGGAGGGUUUCUUCUUCGACUACGGAGCGGAGGAAAUGACGGGUUAUCCAGAGCCCGGUGAACUGCUGGCUGCGCUGAAACAAAAGGAGGAAGAGGUUAUUUUGGCGGCCCAGCUGGGAAACGCGUUGCUGCUGGAGAACCGUCAGCUGAAAGAGCGCAGCGACAAACUUCAUGACGAGUACGCGGACAAGCUGGAGGAGCUGGAGCAGGGCAGACAUGAGCUGCGGCUGAAGCUGGAGGGCUGCCGGUCCCAGUGGGAGAGCCAGGUGUCGGACCUGGAGAGGGAUGCGGGGGAGCUGAGCGCCCAGGUGGAGCGGCUCACCCGGGCCCUCGGCGAGGCCGAGCGGGACAAGAGUCGAGCCCAGCAGGAGCAGAGCGAGCUCACGCAGCGACUCGGGGAGCAGCUCAACACCGCGAUGGCGGUGGAGAGAACCAUGUCCAGUGAGCUGCUGGCGCUGAAACAGGAGCUCCAACAAAAAGGAACCCACAACAGGCCGCUAGAGGAGGAGCUUGUCAGCGCCAUGAGGGAGCAGGUGCUGCGUCUCACCCAGAAGGAGCAGGUGCUGGAGGAGCGUUUGGCAAGUGUGUGUCAAGAAAACACUGAGCUGAGGGCGACUUUGGCCUCUUUGCACACACGCCUGGCUCUACAAGACCAAGUCAACCAGCAGCACAGCCAACAGCUAGCCGGGGCGCUGCAGGAGGUGGAGGCUGCACACGGUCGCUCACAGCAGCUACAGGCCCAGGUGGAGGAGCUACAGGAGGAGGUGUCCCUGCAGGAGGGCAGGAGCUACGGAGACGCCUCCCUGCUGUCCGAGCUGGAGAACAGCCUGGAGACGCCGCGCCUCGGGGUCAGCAAAGAAGAGAUUACACAAGAAAUGUGGUCCAGUCUUCAGUUGCUACUCCCACUGACACAGAAACUGAACAGCUCGGGGAGGUCAGAGGUCGUGAAUCAGAAGGAAGACCUGCAGGCAAUGCUGCAUCAGCUGAAGGGAGUGGCCCAGACCCUGGCGCUGGCGUCCGGCCCGCAGGAGCUGAAUCGAGCUUUUGUCGACAGGACAGGCGAUCAGCGUGGGAAUCUGAGUGCAGCACAUGAGCUGAGCGAUCAGAACGUCCAUCUGCAGCAGGAAAACGCAGAGUUGAAACAGAAGCUGCAGGACGUGCAGGAGGAAGCUGAUGUCGUCCAACAGGCCAUCAGAGACAGAGAUGAAGCCAUAGCCAAGAAAAACCUGAUGGAGGCUGAGUUAGUGAGAAGUAAAAGUGACAUGAUGUCUCUCAACAACCAGUUAUUAGAAGCCAUCCAACGCAAACUGGAGUUGUCACAGGAACUGGAAGCCUGGCAGGACGAUAUCCAGAUCAUUAUCAACCAGCAGCUCAGGUCCCAGCAGCAGAUGGAGCAUCCUCAAAAGAAGUCCACCUCCAACGGCACGUCCUUCUUCCGCAGGGGGGGCAGGGCGGCCUCCACCUCCUCCACCUGGAGUUCGGACGCUAAUCAGGGCAAAACACCCUGGAGAGACUGGUUACGACGGGGGAAAGGGGCAAACAACGGACAGUGAGUGCCAUGCCAACCUCUUGUGGUGCUGAGGAGAGGAUGUACCAGAAUAAUGGGUUGGAGGUCCCAAGUGCAGCUUCCACUCCAUGCGUGGUUAGCAGAAGCCACGAAGACUCUUGUCAUUCAACGGAGCCGCUGAGGACAAAGACUUGUCGAAGGGGCCCUUAAUCGUCCACGUUUCACUGAGAGGGCCUUGUGAAAAUCUCAAUUGUGAUUUAAAAACCAUUUUCGACAGAAUUACAUGAAAGGGUUUACUUGAGACUGUAAAUAUUGUGCCUUGUUUUGCAAAAAAUGUGAAUGUCUUUAUGACUGAGACUUUAUAUGGUAGGUGUAGAUCAAUGCAGAGUAUUUGUUCAGAUCAAAAGGGAGAAGCACUGUCAGGAAAUAAACAACGCAUUUGAAUCAUUCUGAUUUUGCGCACCAAGUUUGAUGUGAGAAGUUACAUGUUCUACAGCUUUGCUCAAAAGCUAAAUAUGUGAAAAGGUUUAUACAAGAAACACUGUAUGUCUUUGUACGCUGAGAUGGCUGUUAUUUUUUACAAUUUUGUUUUUGUUCUUUGGAGGACAACUUGCUAUGAAUCAGUGUCUAGCGGAACAAUGUGUUUGUGACUUAAUGUUCAAUAUUAACUCUGCUCAGUAGACUGAGCUGUUCCUUAAACUGUAUAAAUGUACACAGCUGGAAUCAUUUCAUGAAACAUAAAAUAAUCCUUGUAGGUUUUGAGUGAUUUGUGUUCAGAAUGUUGAUCAGAAGUGGGGGAGAAUUGGAAAGCUGCCUACGCAUCUGGACAAGAUGGCUGCUUGACCAGUAAGAAAAAGUAAAGAUGUUAAGUCAGGAAAACGAAUUUGCUCAUUGACGUCAUUCUGGAGAAGUAGUUGUUCAUCAAUAUAGAGUAAAAUACAGUGUUAAAAUGCAGCACGGGCCCCAGGAGGACCAUGAACUGAGAUUGUUUGACAAAUACGCAAAUUAUAAACAAGUGCCUGAAUAAGAGAGGCAGCCUUAUGUGAGGUACACUGCUUGAAAAAAAUGGAAGGAGAUGAAUUAAAAGGUAUUUAUAAGAACUUCAAAAGCCCAAUAUUAGUCAAAUGGCCUUUAAGUGAUCUAUUUAACUGUUACGAAUUAAAGGAUUUGUGUCUG